CGUUGCGCGAUAAGUGAUGUUUCGUUUAAAAAUCUUUCGCAAUUCAGGGGACGCACUGAGCACUUUAAUCAGCGGAGUUGCGAAUGGAGGCUUUGGGAAGGCAGCUGGACCUUGCCUGAAGUUGGAUCGUGCUCCAGCUGCCGCCGCCUGCUGGGUAUGGUUGCGGUUGGUCAGUCAAUAUCAAUUCAGGACCACGAAACAGGCCUACUAUCCAGAUCGCCAGCAGGAGGCGAAGCGACCGACAGCGGGAUCCACGCCCCAACAGGUGUCGUCUCCGGCCGUGAAGAGCACGCAGGGCCGCGGCAUGCCCAAGGACUACUACUACAAGGUUCUGGGCGUCAAUAGGCACGCCUCCAUUCAGCAGAUCCGAUCGGCCUUCUAUGCGCUGGCCAAGCGCUAUCAUCCCGACUCCACGCACUCGGAGCAAAAGCUGAAGCACUUCCAGGAGCUGUCCAACGCCUACAACAUCCUCACCGACGAGACAAAGCGUUUGGAGUACGACCAGCUGGGCGGGAUCAAGGAUGAGCGCGCCUUCCUCGAGCAGGCAGGCAAUCCCAUGAAUGUGGACCUCGAGGAGGCCAAGAAGUUGGACUCGGAUAAGACGGCAAACGACGAUAUCAACAAGCUAAAGAACAACGAGUUCGAUCUGCAAUUGGACUUCCUGGAGGCCACUGUGGGCUGCAAAAAGCGAGUGGAGCUGCGCUACCUGCGCAAGUGCGAGACCUGCAAGGGCAAGUCGCAGCUGAUGGCGCACCGGGACGUGGGUAAGGAGCCCUGCCGACGUUGCAAUGGCACUGGAAAGGUGACGACUAAGACGGCUACCUUUUCCUCGGUAAACACGUGCACGCAGUGCAAGGGUAAGCGGUUCACGAAUCGCAACGAUUGCGAAACCUGCUCAAAUCGAGGAUUUGUGGUGUCUAGCGUGGAUGUUAUGGUACCAGUGCCAUCCGGAUCGCGGGAUGGGGAUGUGCUGAGCCUAGUUAAUCCGGCAACCAAGCAGCAGGUGACGUACCGCCUGACGGUGCCUGGUAGCGAUUAUUUCCGGCGCGUGGGCAACGACAUCCAGACGGACAAGCAACUGAACAUCUCGGAGGCCAUCCUGGGUGGCACCUUUCAGGUGCGUGGCCUGUACGAGAGCCUGGAGCUGCGGGUGGAGCCGGGCACUCAGUCGCACACCCAGGUGCUGCUCAAGGGCAAGGGCGUGCGGUCCAAGGAGGGCGUGGGCCACCACAUCGUCACGCUAAAAGUGCGCAUUCCCCGGAAUCUCUCCGUGAAGCAGCGCCAACUGGUUUUGGCCCUGUCCCAGGCAGAGGAUCCGGUUUUCGAGCCCAAGGCCAAAAGCAAGGAGGCGGCCGGUUUCAGCCCUUAAAAUUCUCUAUGUACAUGCUUAAUUGCGUUUAUAAAAUAGUGGCAGACACGAA